AUGAGACGAGCCAAGUGGUGGCUCUUUGCAGCCGUGACAGCAAACGCAGGGAUCGUCCUGCUCUUUGUGGUGCACCUGUGGCCACAGCUGCAGGUCCUGAUUUCCAGCCUUUCGAGCGAAGAGCUGGAUUACAUGAUACCAUCCGACAGUGAGCCCGACGAAUGCCUGCAUGAUGAUACGCCUGUGGAGAGCCACGGCGAAUACAUCCUGCAGAAGGAGGCAGAGGUGGAAUGGUUGGCGGAGGAGGUCUUUCACAGCAUAGCGGCCUGGAAAGGCCCUCGACACAAGGAGAUCUGGACUCCUGGACCUUUCUGGGCUGGUGCUCUUGUGGUUCUGGCCAUGCUCUUAAACGGCGCAGUGCCCUAUGCCAUCCGCUCCUCGGCAACCGCCAUGAUCAGACCAGAUUUGGACCAAGCAGGUGCAUUUUGUUUGGUCGGUAAAGCGUACUUCGUUGGCAUCCAGCACGCAACCGUGGCCCACGCGGCUAUGAAUCACGGGUGUUCAGCUGCAGUGGCUGCGGCCGCAGCGGCAUCGGAUGCUCUUCGCACUUGCGGUCGGAUCUCGAAAGCCUUUGCUUACGCCGGCCGAGGAAUAAGCCCGCUAAAAGACGAUGUAGAGGUCCUUGGCGUGCUCCGAGGACGGCUUGUCGUGGGCUACCACAUGAGCCUGGAGGCUGUUAACGUCUUUGCAAACGGCACCAAGCUGAAGCCGUUGAAAGGUAACAAUUGGCGGAAGCAGGAGUGCAGAUAUGGCGAGCGAGACUGCAAGUAUGCUGAGUUUGCGAUACCGCCGCUCCCAGCGGAUAUCAAUGUCCUCGGUCGGCUCGUGGGAGGUCAAGUCCUGAUCAAUGUCAGCCAUUUUCUGCCAGAGGACAGUGCACCCAGCGCUGCGCUGUGGAAUCAGGACUUCAUGCGCAAGAAGCCGGUGGCACCACAGAAGAGACUACAGGCUGGGCGUAAGAUGAUAGGAGGACUUCGUGAUGGGGGAUGGUCCUGA